ACACUUUUGUGUCAUCUGCAAACCAAAAUAAAAUUUGUGAUUCUCAGAUAACAUAAACUAAACAUAGUUCGAAGUCUCUCGCUUGCUAACAUGUCUCUAGCUCGUUCGAAGUCUCUCACUACUUCUCGCUUUACAUCCUUUUAUAUUCCUUCUCUAUUGUAACCUUCUAUCUCACUCAUCUUUGAUUUCAAACUCUCACUCUACAAACACAGUUUUGCCUAAUGCUCGUUUCAUACCUUUUCUGGACACUCCUACAAACACCUAGAAAUGGAAGACAAUUAUUAAAGACGGUUGUGUAAAAGCCUAUUGGGUUUUGGAAACUCCGUUCAACAGAACACUGUUGUGAAGAACUCAUCACCAUUGAAAUGAAGCUCAGUUCAAAGAUAACACGAUUGUUUGUUUGUUUAGGGUUAAUGUAAUUAUUCAUUUUUAUUUCUAGAAAGAUUGUCAAAUCGUGUCUACUCUGAAAAUCGAUCACAUCACUCGAGAGCGAAAGACAAUAAUGGUGAGUGCAAAAUUCAUAAUCUGGUAUUAUUAAGAUGUAAACGGAGGAUGAAUUGACGUUUUUUUUAUUCAAAGGGGAUCAUUUCGAAAAUUAGGUUAGCUGAAUGGGUUGUCCACACAAAUUUCGGAACUCGAUAUCUGGCCCCGGCGGGGUGAAUAAACCGAAUAUCCGAACAGAAACACGGGAUAGAAGCACCAUGGAAACAAUUGAAGAUGAGAAACUUCAACGAUGUCCCCGCCAUAAUUGGGCGGCCGUUCACGAAAGUCCGGUCGUGACGCCGUCGGACGGUGAAGAACGACGACUACGAACUCUGAAUGCCAAACGCUCCAAUUCGUAACCGAGGUCUGGACUGGAGGGGUUCUGUGAGAGUACGGAAGAAAACACAGGUACGCAUGUUACGUUUCGAUCGAGGCGGUGAAGAUGGUAGAAAUUCAAUGUUGUGAGUAGUUUGGUCUUACAGAUCAACUAAUCGAAAGUUUUCCAUCAAUUAAUUAUUGCGAAUAUCCAUUGAAACUAUAAAUUAAUAGUAGAUUUUGAAUUGAUGGUGAUAUAUCAGAAUACGUGUUGUGUAAUAGGUAAUCUCAAGGCAUCUAAUUUCUCAAUUGAUGUGGUAGAGACUAAUUAGCGUUUAGGGCAUUGAAUCUGAUGGUGUGAAUUGCUUUUGAUGAUUUCAUUAUCACAUAGAAGUUAACGUUUUAGUGCUGAAUAUCCUGGGUAUAGCCGCAUUGGUAAUCUCACAUGUUGUAGAGAAUAAUACCUAAAUCUUUGGAUAGUAUAGACUACAUUUGUAUUCAUCAUCUUUGUGUCUCAUCAUGCUCUGUUGAAAAUAUUUCAAGUCUUCUAAAGACUAAAGAUGCAUAGAUGUAUGGUUUCAUUUUUGCUUCUGUUGUGGUUGAUGUCUGCAGCAGUAUAUGUUCCAUUAUUCACAGCUUGUUCUGAUGGUGGUUUAUCAGCAUCUGAAGCUUUUCUUAGCUUUAUCAAAGCCAUUGACCCACAAGACAUGCUUGGGAUUGGCACGAACGAAACAACGCAACAUCUGCACUUGAGUAAGUUGAAAGGUGUAAAAUAUAGCCCUCAGGGUGCUGUUGUUGAAAUCAGGUUUGAGAAAUCGAACCUCAGUGGCAGAAUUGAUGCAGAUUCUAUCUGCAAGCUUUCUAGUCUAAGAGUUCUUAACUUGGCUAAAAACAACAUCCAAGGUAACAUUCCUAAUUCAAUUGUAUGCUGUACAAGGUUGAUUCACUUGAAUCUUAGCAACAACAAUUUGAGUGGAGAGUUACCUUUUGUUCUGACAAAACUCAAACACCUUAGGAGAAUAGACAUUUAUAACAAUCACUUUACUACCACCUCACCUCAAUUCAAGGAGUUGAUGCAUAGAAAGUCUCUUAGAUCAUGGGUGGCUCGGCGAGACAUCAUCAAUCCCAGUGUAAAAGCUGUGACACCCGUCCCGUCUAGCUCACAAAGUAGUAAGUCUGAUAGUGGUGGGGGAGCACACUGGCUUGGCUCCAAGAAGUUAAUGUUGUUGAUAAUCAUUAUCGUUGGAUCUGCAACCUUUUUAAUAUUGUCACUCCUAGUAUGCAAGAGGACUUCAAAGUUAGCACUUAAAAAAGAGAUAUUUGAUAAGGCCCUUCAGAAGUCUCCUAUUGCUGCUCUAUCAGCCAUGUCUAGUGAGGUAGAUAAACCAGAUGAAUCCCUUCAAGGCCAGCAAGAACUCAUGUUCUUUAAUGAAGAAGAUGAACAAUUCAAAGUGGAGGACCUUCUUGAAGCAACAGCAGAUUUACAAAGUUUGGAUAUCUGCACUAGUCUUUUCAAGGUUAGGUUAAAAAGCCAAUAUUAUGCUGUCAAAACAUUGAGGAAAAUGCAGAUAAACUUUGAUGAAUUUCGUAAAACCAUGAUGCUAAUAGGAAACUUGCGGCACCCGAAUAUUUUGCCACUUGUGGGUUAUUAUUCAGCAAAGGAUGAGAAACUACUGAUCUACAAGUACCAGCGACGUGGAAGUCUGCAUGAAAUGCUUGAGAGUUGUAUUGAAGGAAAGCAAAAAUUCCCAUGGAGAAUUAGACUAUCCAUAGCAUGUGGAAUAGCAAAGGGUGUGGGUUUUAUAUACCAAAGAUCAAAUACACAUGGCUCCAUUCCACAUGGGAAUUUAAAACUUUCGAACAUUCUUUUGAACGAAAACAAUGAACCAAAAAUCAGCGAAUAUGGGAUCACAAAGUUUCUAGACGCUAAGAGAGUUCAUCUUCUUUCCUCCAAGGGGUAUACAGCCCCGGAGAAAAAGCUAUCUGAGAAAGCCGAUGUAUAUAGCUUUGGAAUCAUAUUACUUGAAUUACUAACAGGAAAAAUGGUAGCAAAAGAUGGCAUCAAUCUCCCCAAAUGGGUCAGAGCCAAGGUAAGAGAAGAAUGGACGUGUGAAGUUUUCGACGAAGAAGUUGCUCGAAAUGCUGAAAAAUGGGCGUUUUCUAUUCUGCUUAUUGCCUUAGAUUGUGUCUCUCAUUACCCUGAAGGAAGGCCAACCAUGGUCGAGGCUCUGGAAAAGAUAGAGGAAGUAGUGAAGGUAGUGGAAGAUCAUGAACAACGCAUUUCACCUUUGUCUUCUGAUUUUGGCUCUCCCGAGUCUUAUCGUUAGUACUUCAAUAUACACACAUAUAUAGGAUAUUUUUGUUUUCUUACCAAGACCCUUUCGGUUUGUGUCAAACCUGAUCCGUUACUUAUAUUAACUUUAUCUUCUUUAUCAGUUGAAUUGUUAGUUUUCAAGAGUUUGUAGGCACUAGUAUUGCUUACCGAGUACAAUUGUGAUGUAGAAUAUGGGAUGGUAGGUUUAAAGGUUUAUAGAUACUACCGUUUUUUUAUUCUCA